GUAAUGAAACGCCUAAAAUAUGGUGUUCUCGUAUUCGUUAUCCAUUUAGGACACUUCUAGAAAAUAAUCCAAAAUACUUCUCCAAGAAUGGAUUUAUCUAUAUGACUGAAAGAUCUAGAAAUAGGAGAUUUACGGUUGAAAAGCAUUCAUUUUAUAUUUAUUGUACUGUAUGUGACACUUUGGUAUUUAUCCACAAAAAUACUAUCGAAUAUGCUAGUAAUCACCUGAAGAAAUGCAUUACUAAAAAACAUCUUGCAUAUUCUAAAGCUGUAUGGAAAAAUGGAAGAGUGCCAAGCCGAAAGAGUAUAUCAUUGCUCAGUCCCGAUGAGAUUGAAAAAAUUUAUCAAACUUAUUAG